AUGCACCUGCGUCCCGACCACGCUGUGCGGGACCUGCCCACCCUGCAUGCCUUCAUUCGUGCGCACCCCCUCGGCGUCAUCACCACCUCGCUCCCAUCGGACAACUUCCCAACUCUACAAUGUAGCCACAUUCCCUGGGUGCUAGACACCGAGAACGAGACAGAAGCUGUCCAGGCAGAAGAUUGCGAAACCGAAAUCCCCUCACCCCAACCAUCUCAGACGGCCCCAAAUAGCAGUACCACACACCAGCCAGCCCUCGGCGUGCUGCGUGGGCACAUCGCGCGCGCAAACCCGCAGACGGCAGCCAUGAUCGAAGCCGUCACGGACGGCCACCCCGCCACCAGACCCAGUCCCAAUGCAGUCAGUGCCAGUGCCAGCACCAGUGCCAUCGGUGCCGUUCUGCCGGGCGAGGUGCUGAUCGUCUUCACCAGCCCUGUCGAUCACUAUAUAACGCCGCACUUCUACACGUCCAAACAGGUCACGGGGAAGGUCGCCCCAACAUGGAACUACGCCGCUGUGCAAGUCUACGGUCGCAUGACGGUAUACCAUGAGUCGAAAGACGAUGGUGUGGGUGCUUUUUUGCAUGCACAGUUGGCUGAUUUAGCACGGGUGGGGGAGGAAGGUGUGAUGGGGUAUAGAUCUGGUAAGCCCAAUGGCGAUUUUCAUGACGGCGGUCAUGACGGUGGUGGUGAUGACGGCCCUACGCCAUGGACGAUCGCCGGGGCACCGGAAGAGUAUAUCGCCCUCUUGAAAAGGAACAUCGUCGGUAUGCGCGUGGAGAUCACCCGCAUCGAGGGCCGGUUCAAAGUUAGUCAGGAGCGGCCAGUAGGGGAUCGCGGCGGGGUGGUGGAUGGGCUGGAGAAGAUGGAUGGCGGGGCGGCGAAGGCCAUGGCGCGGUUUGUACGCGAGGGGCGCGUGCUAUUGCCCGAGUGA